GGGGUAGCCGCCGCCGCCCCGCUCGCCGCCAGUCGCGGGGAGGUCGCUCCGAAGUGAGGAGGAGCCGCCGCCGCCGCCCGAAGUUUGCCCGGAGAGCCGCGCGCCCCGGAGCGGCGGGGGAGCGGGGGGAGGCCGGACGGGCAGCGCCCGCGGCGAUGCUCUGCGCGCACCGCCCCUCCGGAGCACCGCGGCCCCGCGCCCGCCCCGCCGCCGCGCCCCGCCAAACUUCGACGCCGACAAGUGCCUCGGGCCGGCGGCGGCCGCCCCCGCGCGCGGCUCUGCCGAGGGAAGCGGCGGCAGCGCCGAGGGAGCCCCCCGCGCCCGCGGGUGCUGGUGCCAGAGGAAAAGAAUGAUUGAUGGGAAACAGACACCAGCCUGUAGACGCUCAUCCUUUUGCUUCAGAUACCGAUUUAUCAGUGCAGCUGGGCAUCUCCUGCAAGCCCUGAACACGGAGAAUCACUCAGGGUUAUCGACAGUGUAGCUCAAGAUCCACGACUUCACAAAUUAUUAUCCGCUAUUGGACAUCUUUUACAAGAAGCCCUGACAGAUAAGUUAAAAAACAAAGGACAAGCGCUGCAUUGCUGUGAAAGGCUGUCAUCGGGGUCUGGCUGGCUUCUACCAAAGUCUUCAACUUAGUGAAACAAACACCCUAUCCUAAUGCUUCACAUUUGAGUCGAAACCUAUUUUAUGAAAUAUAUACAUGUAUAUGUACAUAUAUGUGUAAUCUAUAAACUGCACGUACACCGGUACCGAACAUCCUUACAAAGGUGACGUAAAAGGAUUUAGAAAUGUAUUUGUCAAGAUUCCUGUCACUUCACGCCCUCUGGGUUACCGUGUCCUCCAUGAUGCAGCACUACCCUUCCGUGUGGGGACACUAUGACGUGUGUAAGACUCAGAUUUACACAGAAGAGGGAAAAGUAUGGGAUUACAUGGCCUGCCAGCCGGAAGCCAGAGACAUGAUCAAAUAUGUAAAAGUGACUCUGGAUCCCCCUGACAUAACGUGUGGAGAUCCUCCUGAGACUUUCUGUGCAAUGGGGAAUCCAUACAUGUGCAAUAAUGAAUGUGAUGCAAGUACCCAAGAACUGGCUCAUCCUCCAGAACUGAUGUUCGAUCUCGAAGGAAGACAUCCUUCCACAUUUUGGCAGUCCACAACUUGGAAGGAAUAUCCAAAGCCCCUUCAUGUUAAUAUUACACUUUCCUGGAACAAAACCAUUGAGCUGACAGAUAACAUAGUUAUCACUUUUGAAUCUGGCCGUCCAGACCAAAUGAUCCUGGAGAAAUCACUGGACUAUGGACGAACAUGGCAGCCCUACCAAUAUUAUGCCACAGACUGCUUAGAUGCUUUCCACAUGGAUCCAAAAUCAGUGAGGGAUUUAUCUCAGCAGACAGUCCUAGAAAUCAUUUGCACAGAGGAAUACUCUACUGGAUACAUGACAAAUAGUAAGAUAAUCCACUUUGAAAUCAAAGAUAGAUUUGCUUUUUUUGCUGGACCUCGACUACAUAACAUGGCUUCUCUUUAUGGACAGCUUGACACAACCAAGAAGUUAAGAGAUUUCUUUACCAUCACAGAUCUGAGGAUAAGACUGCUUAGGCCAGCAACUGGAGAAAUAUAUGUAGAUGAGCAACACCUGGCACGCUACUUUUAUGCAAUUUCAGACAUAAGGGUAUACGGAAGGUGUAAGUGCAACCUUCAUGCUACUGGCUGUAAAGAAGAAAACAAAAGACUACUUUGUGAAUGUGAGCACAACACAACUGGCCCAGACUGUGGAAAAUGCAAGAAGAAUUACCAGGGCCGACCGUGGAGCCCUGGUUCUUAUCUGCCUAUACCUAAAGGCACUGCUAAUAUCUGUAUACCCAGUAUUUCCAGUAUUGGUAAUCCUCCAAAGUUUGAUAGGAUAUGGCCGAAUAUUUCUUCCCUUGAGGUUUCUAAACCAAACCAAGUUGCUCCCAAAUUAGCUAUGUCAACUGUUUCUUCUGUUCAAGUUGCAAACCACAAGAGAGACUGUGAAUGCUUCGGGCACUCCAACCGGUGCAGUUACAUCGAGCUGCUCAAUACGGUCAUUUGCGUGAGCUGUAAGCACAACACUAGAGGUCAGCACUGUGAGUUAUGCAGGUUGGGCUACUUCAGAAAUGCUUCUGCAGAGCUGGACGAUGAAAAUGUGUGCAUAGACUGUUAUUGUAACCCUUUUGGUUCAGUCCAUGAUCGCUGUAAUGACAGAGGAUUUUGUGAGUGUAAGGAGGGAACAUCAGGGCCUAAAUGUGAUAAAUGUCUGCCGGGAUAUAUUUGGCACAGCUUGGGCUGUCAACCAAACGUAUGUGACAAUGAACUACUGCAUUGCCAGAACGGAGGAACAUGCAUCAACAAUGUGCGAUGCCAGUGCCCUCCGGCUUAUACUGGCAUUUUAUGCGAGAAGUUGAAGUGUGAAAGAGAUCCAGGAGGCUGCAGCCACAACUCUGGCCGGGGGGCAAUAUCACACGGGUCUCUGUUACUGCUGACUGCUCUAGUAGGACUGUGCGUGUGCUAGACUCCGUAUGGUUGAUGGCAUCACAUUCAGACUGCUUCAGAUUAACGUGCCACAUGAAAACAAAACCGAAAUCCAAGCGUUUGCUACUGAAAUUUAGGAAGGGAAAAAAAAAAAGAGAGGAAAACACAACCCCAUACAAACUAAGGAGGCCUAACUGAACUAAGCCAUAUCGAUCAGUUACGGACUGGGCUCUGAGUCAAGACUCUUCACCUCUGACUUGAGGCAAGUCGGCAGCUGCCUGUUCUGUCAAAUCAGCGCUCGCUGCAAAGCUCACACAGGACUGAAAUGGCUGUGGCAGCCCCCAGAAUGGGAAGAGAAUUUAGAAGACACUUGCUACUCCUCUCUGGUGCGCUACUGUACCUCCGCCCAGUGUGUGGACCGACCAAAUAAAGGCAUUCUUUGCUGUCAGUGCAUUGUGGGUAUAAGGAAAUCUGUCAAAGCUGCCAUAUUGGCUCGCUUCAGUCCCCGAAUCCUUUCCAACCUGUGCUUUAGUGAACGUUGCUCUGUAACCCUUGUUGGUUGAAAGAUUUCUUUGUCUGAUGUUAGUGAUGCACAUGUGUAACAGCCCCCUCAAUAAAACUCGAGCCGGUCAUAUCCUUGUAUACCUUAGCAGCACUGCAUCAGUAAGAUGCUGUGUUCACCUACUGUACAAGAGUGGCUAUAGGACAAAAAGUGUAUUUAUCCUUUUGUAUUCAAAUGAAGUUAUUUUUCUUGAAAUAAUGUACAAUGUAGAUUUUUUGUAUUAUUGCCUAUUUGUGUUACCAGACAAUUUGUUAAUGUAUUUAAUUCUGAUCAGAUAAGAGAAAAAUAUUACUUUUUAUUUAGUCCUUUUCUUUUUCCUUUCAUUUAAUUGUGCAGAGAUUUCUCUGUAUGGGCAACGUGCUGGCAUCAAAGAAUAUCAGUUUACAUAUAUAACGAGUGUAAUAAGAUUCCACCAAAGGACAUUCUAAAUGUUUUCUUGUUGCUUUAACACUGGAAAAUUUCAAAGAAUAAAAAUUCCUGCAUAAACAGUUCCAGCAUGCCGUAUUGCUAUUUCUUUAGGCCUUUUUAGAAAACAAACAAAAAGAUUGAUCAUUUUCCCAUCUAGUACGUGGAAGAAAAACAGGUUCAACAAUGGAAAUUACAUCAUAACAAUCUAAUCUGGUUUUACUUUUACUACUACCAUUAUUUUUGAAAACCAUGUUAAACUUAAAGGAUAUCAUUUGUUUGAGGAAAAUUUCGUCAGAUCCUAAGCUUGGACAAGGUAUGAAAAGUUGAAUAGUUCCCAUCUUUGUUCUCUUCAUUUGUCACAAAAAUUAUUCUAAGGCUAAUUUACAUGGUAUUACAGGAACUAGUCUUUAAUUCAUACCAUUUUUGUGAAUUCUGGCGGUAACGAAGUAGAUAUAGCCACAGCUUAUGUCAUUUUUCCAAAAGCUUCAUUAAAAUGAUAUGUUUAUAUAUGUACUACUCUGCCUAAGGAACUGCAAAAACAGCAGCAAUCACAAAAAAAGCUAAAAUUUAACUUUUCAUAAAGUCAAAUAUAAUAUUUAGGAGGACUGUCAAAAUAUACAGCAGCAAGUAGAUAAAAAGUGCUGCUCCAGCAAAUAGUUUGUUUCAAGUAUUGCCCAAGGUGUAAUAAAUUCGUGUUUCUGCCUUUUAUUAGACCAAUUACUGAGCGUGACAGAAAAGGAGAGCAAGAACAGAGAGGCAAGCCAAAACCACAGCAGUGUUUCAAAGUCAUGCAG